AUGUCAGAUAAGAACAAAGCGAUUGCUUGCACAACUCUGGAUGUGGAUCUGGUGUGCAUAAAUGUGACAGAAAAGCUGCCAUUCUACUUCCGAAGGCCCCCUGUGAAUAUGGCAAUAGAUCGAGGCAUUUACUUUGAACUUCUUUACACGCCUGCCAUCAAAGACUCCACAAUGAGAAGAUACACAAUUUCAAAUGCGAUCAGCCUGAUGCAGAUCUGCAAAGGAAAGAACAUUGUUAUAUCUAGUGCAGCUGAAAGGCCUUUAGAACUACGGGGUCCUUACGACGUGGCUAAUCUAGGUUUGCUGUUUGGCCUAUCGGAAAGUGAAGCCAAGGCAGCUGUGUCUACCAACUGCAGAGCUACCAUGCUCCAUGGAGAAACUCGGAAGAGUGCCUGUGGGGUAGUGUACACAGUGAAGAAGCCUCGCAAGGUUGAGGAGGAAGAGACAACACUGCCAGCCUGCAAAAAAGCUAAAACUCAAGCUUGAGGACUGAACCAGUUGUCAACAGGAGCCUUCAUCCCAUCUUUACUCAGGGUUGAGUCUUCCCCACCCUCCAACCAGCCCAGUUCUUCUCUUACUACUUUAUUUAGCCUGGAGAAGAAUUACUCUUCUGGUGUUCAAGUGAGGAAAGCUGUGGGAAUGAGACUGCUGAAUCGUAGUUCACCACAUCUGAAAGGUCAUGCUGGGUUUCUGGCCGAGGUCAGAAGGCUGUCUGUCCACCCUGUCUUAGGUCUUCUGGAGUUAGUGCAAACUCAACACAUUCUAACAUAUGGAAAUUUUCAGUUGUACAAGAGCAUUC